ACAAACAACAAGAGCGUACUAUCAACACGCACCGAGAUUGGAGAGAGAGAGUUAAAACAGUGAAAACGGAAUACGAUUCUCGAGGAGGAGCACAGAACACAAAUAACUGCACAUGCAUUCAAAGUCAAUGUCGUAGAGUUUGACGGCGCGACUGGACAGUAGAAAUUGCUAUCGGUAGCACCAGAUACGGUAAAGAAGGGAGAGGGAUUGUCUGGAGUGAGGAGGGGUCACCAGCUGGGGCCUGGUCCACACAGCUUUGCCAAUACAAAGGAAAGAGAUAGAAAGACACACUCAAACACACAGAGAAGGAGAGCAAGAGUUUUGGAGGCUCAUAACUGCUACUGGCAGCUGUAUUAUCAACAAAUUAGUUUAGUCUCGUUUUUGUCGGUUUGUUUCAUUCCAUAGUCAGUAGACUUUAGUAAGUAUCAGACUGUGCAGUUAUCACAGUCACACAGGUAUUACUCAUUUUAGGGUUUCAUGUAUGUUUUUGGUUCCUGUUUGUUUGCAUUUGUUUGUUUCCAUCGGCUGUGAACAGGAGAUCUUUUUUGCUUUUUUUGCUCUCCUGUACACACGCCCUGAAUUAAGGCAGCUAUAUCCCUCAUAUCUUAAUUUGGAAACUCUUAAAAACACACACACACACACACACACACAUACAAACAAAUAUACACACACCUGUCGGCCCUCUCAUCCCAACCUGGUCCAGCCUGCUCUUGCCUGCGCCGCUCCCCUGGACAGGACUUUCAUCUCUGAGAAGGAAAGAAGAAUAUGACUGCUGAAACACUUAACUUCGGCCCAGAAUGGCUCCGUGCACUUUCCAGUGGAGGCAGUGUGUCUUCCCCUCCUGCCUCUCCUGCUAUGCCAAAGUACAAGCUGGCCGAGUACCGUUAUGGCCGAGAGGAGAUGCUAGCACUUUAUGUCAAAGACAACAAGGUCCCAGAAGAAAUACAGGAUAAGGAGUUUUCUAUUAUUCUACAGGACGAGCCUCAACAGCCGCUGGCACUGUUGCCUCUGACUGAAGAGGAGCAGAGGAACUUUUCCAUGUCUGUCAACAGUUUGGCUGUGCUGAGGCUUAUGGGUAAAGGGGGCGGGGCCGUCCCGGCUGGGGUGAACAGAGGCCGAGGCGGCGUGCGAGGUGGCCGGGGGCGAGGAAGAGGAGAGGGAGGAUUCUACCAAAGAAGCAGUGAGGAAGUAGAGGGUGGAUUCGGUCGUAGUGUUCGAGAGAUCCAUCGUAGCCAGAGCUGGGAUGACAGAGGUGAGAGGCGUUUUGAGAAACCACUGCGGAGGGAUGGCGUGCGACUCGGUUUCGAGGAAGGGCCUCCUGGUGUGAGAAAGGAGUUCAUGCGCUCUGACAGCGACAACUGGCGCACGCUGCGAGAGGAGCAGGAAGAGGAGGACACGGGAGAGCCUGGAAGCAGCUGGAGAAUCACUGGCACAAGAAGAGAUGAUGGUGGUCCUCGCUCAGCUGGUUGGCGGGAACACAGUGGUCCUGGUGAAGUUCGCCGCAAGAAGUUUGACUUUGACUUCCGAGAUGGAGGGAAUGAAGGAGGUAGAAGGAGAGCAGGAAGUGAAGGAGCAGAGGAGGAGAGAGAUGGUCUGCCAGAGUGGUGCACAGAUGAGGAAGAUGGAGAAAUGGGAACCUUUGAUUCCUCUGGAGCAUUUAUGUCUGUUAAGAAGGGCCCAAAAGACCCCAUUCCAGAAGAAGACUUUGAGUUCCAGGGAUUGGAGGAUGAGGAAGAGGAUAGUACUUAUCAAGAGAAGGGGAACGGCAGUGGUGCAGAAAGUGAGAAAGAUGGGAUCGAAUCUGCUUCUGUGUCUGAAACUGAAAUGAAGACUGUCUCUCCUUCCCCUCCUCCCUCUCUCCCUCCCUCUCUUCCUGCACCUGUCCCUGAGGUUGUGCCCUCUGCUGCUCCCUCUGGCCUGGAGGAGCCUCAGCCUGCACCCUCCAUUCCCAAUAAACUACCGAAUGAAGAGGCCAUAUUAGAUUUGAGCCCCAGUGCCUCCUCCAGUCUGCCUUCAUCGCCUCCCUCCUCGUCCUCUGCUGCUACUGAUCUCCCACUACUGGGGGGCGACAUUGAGGAUGAUGAGGGCAUGAAGCACCUGCAACAGGAGGCAGAGAAGAUGGUGGCAGCGCUACAAGACACUUCUCUCGAGGAAGAGUGUUUCACCCAGACUCUUCAGGAGAGCAGAAACACAGCUUCUGCCCUUCCUCUCUCCCAUGACUCCGCCAUGAAAUGGUUUUAUAAAGAUACGCAAGGAGAAAUUCAGGGUCCAUUCAGUACAAUGGAGAUGUGCGAAUGGUUUCAGGCAGGGUAUUUCACCAUGAACCUGCUUGUGAAGCGUGGUUGUGAUGAGGGAUUUCAGCCACUGGGGGAAGUCAUUAAGAUGUGGGGGCGUGUGCCGUUUGCCCCUGGCCCCUCCCCUCCCCCCCUCCUGGUGAGGAAUCAAGCCCUACUUCGCCCUCAACCACCCCGGGGGGCAACCGGUAAUAUGGAUCAGGAGCGGUUGAAGAAGCAGCAGGAAUUAGCUGCUGCUUCAGCUCUUUACCAGCAACUCCAGCAACAGCAGCUGUUCCAGCUCAUAAACAGAUGUGGAGAGCAGAGUAUGAUGCCUUCAAUGAACAGGUCGAUGUCAGUGCCAGAUACAGGGUCCAUGUGGGACAUGCAUACCUCAGCCUCACAGCCAGCAGGUGGUGAGGCCAGUCUUUGGGACUUAAUGAAUUCUUCAACUCAGGGUCCAAUUCUAGAACAGCUUCAGAAGCUACAUGAGAGGAGAGAAGCUGAACUCAGGGCCAAGCGUGAGGAAGAGGAAAGGAAACGGAGAGAUGAAAAAAGGCGAGAGGAGCAGAAAAGGAGAGAGGAAGAGGAGCUUUACAGGCGCAAGCAGCAGCAGGAGUUGCUGAUGAAACUGCUCCAGCAGGUUCCGCGUCAGGGUUCGUCAGGCUCCGUGUCCAGCUGGAGUGGAGGAGCCAUCUCUGGGCUGGGGAAGCAAACCAAGCCCCUCAACCUCCUAGAUGUCCAGCAGGAGGCUGAGAGAAUACACAAACAGCAGCACAGAGUCCAGCAACAGCAGAGGUGGGGAGAUGCUUCUGCAAUGUGGGGAGCCGGACCUUUGGAUGGAAAGGUGGGUGGUGGUGGCAGCCCCUCAGGAGGAGGGAUGGGCAUCUGGGAUGAGGCCCUCAAGAACCAGAGCACUCUCCGCAACAACAUGGGGCUGAAGAACAGCCGUAGCAGUCCCUCACUGAGUGAGCAAUACCUGAUGAGGGGCCGUAAGCACACUGAGGAAGAGGAGCGGCUGUUGAAGCUCCUGCAGGGGAUGAAGUCUCAGGAUGGCUUCACUACCUGGUGUGAACAGAUGCUGCAUGCACUCAACACCUCUGCCAAUAACUCCUCCUCUUCACAGGAUGUGCCCACCAUUGUGGCGUACCUGAAGGAGGUGGAGUCUCCGUAUGAGGUGUUGAACUUUAUCUGCUCCUACCUGGGCGACACCAUUGAAGCCAAAGAGUUCGCCAGGCAGUUCUUGGAGCGCCGUGCCAAACAGAAAGCUAACCACCAGAGACAGCAGCAGCAGCUGUCCAAAGAGAUGGCUGGACUUGCUAUGAACAACUUUUCUCUGCAGGACACUGUACGAGGAAUGAACCCCAGUGCCCUGCAGUCCAUGUUCCAGGCUGUGCAUUCUGGAAAAGGGAGUGUAGUGUAUGAUCAGGCAGGAAAGCUGAAGAAAAAACAGCCCACGAUGCUGCACUCCGACCCAAGCAUCUUAGGUUACUCAUUCCAUGGUGGCUCUGAUCGGUAUGGUCUAAACGAAAUGGAGAUGGUCGAGGAUUACUGAAUCCACAGCAAUAGCAACACGAGGCCUUUAAAUCCGCGGGUCCACCUAAUCAGACUCCGCAAGUCGAAUGUGCACUGCUUUGAAAGGGAGGGGUUUGGGGAUAAGCCAGGAGUAAGGUAUCA